AUGAUUAAUUAAGAAAAAGGAACCGACAAAAUUCUACAAAUAUAAGAAAUAUUAAGUAGAUAAUGUCCUAAACAUAAUGAGUAUCCUCUUGACCUUCUUUAUAUCACAAAUAAAUCUAAUCAGCAUGAAAUUUGCUAUAUGUGUUUUUAGAGUUAUCCAAUAAAAAAAGAAGAAAUUAUCAAUAUUAGAUAGAUUCUAUUUGCAAAAGAAGAUACUGUCCUUUAAAAUUACCCUCCUUUAGAGAAUUAAAAUUUGUAUACUUAGUUGAUUAAUAUUUUCAACGAAUAAAUGAUCCUUGAUUAAUCAAUCAUUAAAAUCUAGCAAUUUUUCAAAGAGUUUGAAGAAAAGUUAAUAGGUAUUAUUAAGCAAUUACAAAGGGAUAUGGAAAAUAAAAUUGAAAAUAUAAAAUAUUUAAAAAAACAAUUAGUUGAAACUUAUAAUUCUAUUUCUUAAAAAUCUGAAUUAAAGAACUAUUUUCAAAAUAACAACAAGGAUAAUUCUGCUCUGCACGAUCUAAUUUCUAAAAAAUUUGACGAGUUACCAGAAAACACAUAAAAAAUAAAAGAAUUAAUAGAUAAAUUUAAUACCUAUAAAAGAUCAGUAAAUUUCGAUGGACCUGUUAAAAUAGAAGAAGCAGUCAUAAGUUUAAUGAAUUAAAUAGACUUUUUCUCAGACUUCAAUGCUGAAAAAUACACUUAAAUAAUAUUUUAAUAGGAGUUAAACGAUAAUCAUAAAUACUAACUGUUAAAUACAAGUAAACAAAAAAAGACAAAUGUUGAUUAUUUGUUAGAACUUAUUAAAAACUAGACAAAUUAUUGCAAUAAUUCAAGCUAUGAUGAAAUUUAAAAGCUACUGAAAAAAUAUUCAUUGCUUUUAAAUUAAAUUGAAUUAAAUUAACCAAUUUGGGAAGAAGCUAAAAGAAAUAGCUUCGUUAACCUUAGCGAUUAGCAGCUAGAAAGAGUAAGACUCAUUUCAGAAAAGAUUAUUUCUAUUGAUAAAUAAUACGAAGAAAAUGAAGCAUCAUCUUCACUUAAAGAAGACUCUGCUCUUUCAGAUAAAAGCUUAUAAAAUUAUUAGCCUUACUGUUUGUAAGCUUGUAUUUAACCUAAUUCUUAUGAAAUAUACAAUAAUUUGUUCAGUGGAAAAGCAAGUUAGUAUUAGAGAUUUUAAAAUUUAUUAAAAGAGUACCCCAUUUUUGAGCUAGAUAGUGUAUAAGUUGGUUGCCAUUAAUUAAUAUUUUUUAAUAUGAUAAAAUCAAUUUAUGCAGAUUCUUAGAAUCUUCAUAUUUAGAGAUUGCCAAAUUUGAAUAUAUAAAUUCAAAAGAUAAAUAAGAAAGGUCAUGCUAUUUGCUAUAGCAAUACUCAAUUAGAAGAAGACAAAAAAUAUUUAAUAAGAUUAACUAUUUAAUCAAAUCCGAAAAAUUCAAAUAACUUGAUUUUGUUUGGUUUAAUACCUGAGUAAAGUAAAGACAUAUCAUAUCUCAGAGACUCAGGUUUAACUUACAAUGAGAGAGCAGAUAGUUGCUACACUUUAACAAAGCUUAUCAAAGGUGAUCCAAUUCCUGAAAUAAAUAAGCUGAACAUAAACAAGCAAAUAGAGAUAAGGAUUCAUCUUAAAAAAAAACUAUUUAGAAUUGCUACGAUUCCAGGCUACGAAAAUAUUUCUGAGUUAGAUAAUAGAAAUAGAAUUAAAGAUAAUCUUAAUUAUAGAUUUGGUAUUGAGCUAUACUAAUAAGACGAUUAAAUUAUUAUAAAUGAGUUUAUGGUAGAAGAUUAAUUUAAUGAUGACAUGUGA